UCCACCAGCAGUUUAUCCACUUCAGUCCCCGCUGACUCUGCCGGUGCAUCACACACACACACACACACUCACACACACACACACACUCACACACAGUGCACACGCGGGCACCAAGAGGACUGAGAUGUGACCGUACGCCGGAGGAACUGCCGCGUGUUUUCUGUGGGGGGAUUUUCUCUGUCAGCCGGAUAAUGGGAGCGGACAGGCGGGGAACCACGAUGCCGACGCCGGCCACUUGGGUCGCGGCGCUCCUCCUCGUCAUGACUUCGGUGCAUGCGGUGGAAGAGACGGUGAUGGAUACAAGGACAGCGACGGCCGAGCUCGGCUGGAUAUCGUUCCCUGCCAACGGAUGGGAGGAGGUGAGCGGCUACGACGAGAACCUCAACACCAUCAGGACGUACCAGGUGUGCAACGUGUUCGAGCCCAGCCAGAACAACUGGCUCCUCACAACCUACGUCGACCGGCGGGCGGCGCAGCGCAUCUACGUGGAGAUCCGCUUCACCGUGCGCGACUGUGCCUCCAUCCCCAGCGUCCUGGGCUCCUGCAAGGAGACGUUCAACCUCUACUACCUGGAGACGGACCGGACCGUGUCGGAGGGCAUCAAAGGGGUGGAGUACUGGGCCAACGCGCCCUUUCUGAAGGUGGACACCAUCGCGGCGGACGAGAGUUUCUCCCAGGUCGACUUUGGGGGCCGGCUGAUGAAGGUGAACACGGAGGUCCGGAGCUUUGGGCCGCUGUCCAAAGGCAGGGGCUUCCACUUGGCCUUCCAGGAUCUGGGCGCCUGCAUGUCCCUGCUCGCCGUCAGGGUGUUCUACAAGAAGUGCCCCAGCGUGGUGCAGAACUUCGCCUUCUUCCCAGAGACACUGACUGGGGCGGAGUCCACCUCAUUAGUCAUCGCCAGGGGGAGCUGCAUUCCCAACGCCGAGGAGGUGGACGUGCCCAUCAAGCUUUACUGCAACGGCGACGGAGAGUGGAUGGUUCCCAUCGGCAGCUGCAGCUGCAAGGCGGGUUAUGAACCCGACAACGGCAACGUGUGUCGAGCUUGUCCUCAGGGAACCUUUAAGUCGUCACAGGGGGGAGGAUUAUGUCAGCAAUGUCCGCUCAACAGUCGCUCCACCAUCGAGGCCGCCACCCUCUGUGGCUGUCGGAACGGCUAUUACCGCGGGGACAUGGACAAACCUGAGGACGUGUGCACCAGUGUCCCGUCAGCGCCUCGCAAUGUGGUCUCGGUCGUCAACCAGACGUCGGUGCUGCUCGAGUGGCACACGCCGCGCGACACGGGGCACCGCGGCGACCUGUCGUACAACGUCCAAUGCCGCCGGUGCCACAGCAACGAGCGCAGGGCGUGUCAGCCGUGCGACGACAGCGUGGCGUUUGUCCCGGGCCGGCGGGGGCUGAAGGAGACGGCGGUGGAGAUCAGCAAGCUGCGCGCCCACACGUCGUACACCUUCGACAUACAGUCAAUCAAUGGAGUCUCCAACAAGAGCCCCUACCCCGCCCAGCAACUGUCAAUCAACAUUACAACCAAUCAGGCUGCCCCCUCAGUAGUUCCCAUCAUGCACCAAGUGAGCUCCACGAGCCGCAGUUUCUCGUUGUCGUGGCCACCGCCGGAACAGCCCAACGGAAUUAUCCUCGACUACGAGAUACGAUACUAUGACAAGUCCCAGUCCUCGCUCCUGAACAGCUCAGUGGUCCAGAGCGAGACGCCCAACGUGGUUCUGGAGGGACUGAGGCCCGGAACCGGCUACGUGGUGCAGGUGAGGGCCCGCACCGUGGCUGGCUACGGAGGCUACAGCAGGGAGAUGCUCUUCCAAACACUCACCGACGACGAGUAUAAGUCCGAGCUGGGACAGCAGCUCUCCCUGAUUGCAGGCUCUUUAGUAGGUGGAGUGUGUAUCGUCUCAUUGGUGGCUAUCGCCAUUAUCUGUUCCAGGAGGAGGCAGCUGAAGGAGAGUUUGUACGGUGACAAGCUGCCGCAGUACAACACUGGAGGAGAGGUGACUCUGAGGCCCGACAUGUUCAGCGGUCCCACCCCUACCGUGACCUUCCCCACCCUGUCCGACGGCCACAGCUCGCCGGGGGUCAAGAUCUACAUCGACCCCUUCACCUACGAGGACCCCAACGAGGCCGUGCGGGAGUUUGCCAAGGAAAUUGACCCCUCCUGUGUCAAAAUAGAGGAAGUCUUCGGAUCAGGUGAGUUCGGCGAGGUGUACAAAGGCCGCCUGAAGCCGGUCGGGAAGAAAGAAAUCCCCGUGGCUAUCAAGACGCUGAAGGUGGGCUACUCCGAGAGGCAGAGGAGGGACUUCCUGUCCGAGGCGUCGAUCAUGGGCCAGUUCGACCAACCGAACAUCAUCCGGCUGGAGGGCGUGGUCACCAAGAGCAGGCCCACGAUGAUCAUCACGGAGUUCAUGGAGAACGGAGCUCUGGACUCGUUCCUCAGGCAGAACGAUGGCCAGUUCCCAGUGAUCCAGCUGGUUGGUAUGCUCAGAGGCAUCGCGUCUGGAAUGAGGUACCUGGCGGAGAUGAGUUACGUUCACCGGGACCUGGCGGCUCGGAACAUCCUGGUCAACAGUAACCUGGUGUGUAAGGUGUCCGACUUUGGCCUGUCACGGUAUCUGGAGGAAGACGCGUCGGACCCCACCUACACCAGCUCACUGGGGGGUAAAAUCCCAGUGCGGUGGACGGCUCCCGAGGCGAUCGCCUACAGGAAGUUCACGUCGGCGUCGGACGUCUGGAGCUACGGCAUCGUCACCUGGGAGGUGAUGGCAUACGGAGAGAGACCCUACUGGGACAUGAGCAACCAAGAUGUGAUAAAUGCCAUAGAGCAGGAUUUCCGGCUGCCGGCGCCGAUGGACUGUCCGGUGGUGCUGCACCAGCUGAUGCUGGACUGCUGGCAGAAGGACAGGAACGCUCGGCCAAAGUUCCCCGACAUCGUCAGCAUGUUGGACAAAAUGAUACGCAACCCCGCGUCGCUGAAAGCCGGCACCAGCAACGUGGCCCCUGGUCCGCCCCAUCAUCCCUUGUUGGACCGCGGCGCUCCAGACCUGAGCAGCGUGAGCUCCGUCGAGGACUGGCUGGCCGCCCUGAAGAUGACCCAGUAUCGAGACUCCUUCCUGGGCUCCGGCUUCACCUCCUUGCCGCACGUCACGCAAAUCACAGCCGAAGAUCUCCAGAGAAUCGGCGUGUCUCUCGCCGGACACCAGAAGAAAAUCCUGACCAGCGUCCAGUCAAUGAGGCCGCACGGCGACGGCGACGACGACGACGACGACGACGACGACCAGUCUCCCACUGAAUCUGUGUGAACCGCACGCACGGGAGUGAUACCGCAUGGAAAUAUUUCUGAGCCGUGCACGUUCUGGGGAACGAGCCUUUUAUCUUUCCACCUCUGUUUUUAGCCUUCGCACACUUCAAGUGCUGCUCCUGGAGAUCUCAACAAUUUGAAACCAGACUGUGGCCAUUCAUGUCCUGAUCGCUGAGAUUCCCUCGGGCCACUUUGGCUUGCGUAAAAUCAUUCAAUUCAAAAGUAUUUUUUCCGUCUUCGGUUCUCUUUAACCGUGUCACCCAAAAUCUUUUUUUAUCGAAGGAUGAAUCACACAAUGACACGACUUUGAAGACGCUGCGCACAAACUGGACCAGGAGCCCGACGGAGGGUCUGUGCUUCUUGACACGCAGGCCUCGUUGUCUUGUGCUUUGUUCAGUGCGCCCUUCGAAUGAAGAGCCAACAGUUUAAUGGCACGUUUUGAACCCUUUUUUUUAUUUUUUUUAUCUAUCUUCAUAUUGAAGAGUCUGUACAUAUUGUGAUAUGGAAGAUUUACUUCCUAUAUGCGUGUUUGCGUUCCCUUCUGCCAAAAGCGCUGGACGGUUAAUUGCCACUGGAGUGUUUUGUGAGUCCUCUGUGAUUAUCUCCCUCUGCCGGACUCAACGCUGGAACCGACUUUGUAAGUGCUGUGGACUGCGGACAACGACAAAAAAGAAAGAAGAAAAAAAAAAGAGGAAAAAUUGGUUUUCAUAGGGCAUUUUUUUUUCCCGCCCAGCCAUGAGAGGAUAAACUCCGUCCAUGCAGAGAGCUAGCAAUUCCUGUCCUACUUUAAAAAAAAGAAAAAGACAGAGUUCUCGGAGCGAACUCAUGACGGAUGAUGUUUUACAGUCGGCGCUAACGCCCUCCGAGUCAAAAGACAAUUAUGGAUCAGAAAAUGGCAUCAAAAUCAGAGAGAAAGUAUUACACCAUCGCCAUACUUCCCAGCCAGGCGAAGGAAGGAAGGAAGGAAGGAAGGAAGGAAGGAAGGAAGGCGACUGACGGAGGAAGAAACGGGAGGACCAGCUUUAAGAGACUGUGGCUACUGAGUCAUUACCGGCUGCCGAGACGCACCUGUUGUGAACGACGGAGAGGAGAGAGAGGUGUCCGUCAUCCAAUGUUCUUGUGAAUUUUGGCCGCAAACCCCACGAAGCCGACUGCCAGUCGAGCACUAACGCAACGCAUGAGCGGGCCCGCCCGCCAGCCAACGCUCAUGCGUUGCGUUCACGCAUGAAAUAAAUCUCAUUUCAGAUGUCAGAGCUGUGUGGCCGCCGUCCAGAUGGCAAUCGUCCCUCCGCAGCGGACACGCAGGCAAGGGGCCCCUUUUUGUGUUAAUUCAUUUUUAUCUGUUUAUUUAUUUAUUUAUUUAUUUUCCAUUCAUUGCGCUGCCGGACGUGUCGCCGUUGUCAGACUGCCUGUUUUGACAGUCCCAAUUCCCAGCUGACACCGCUGAUUAGUGCUGUUGUGUUCGGUUUUGCAGAUGAAAUGACACGACGCGCCCUAUACGCGUUCUCAUCUGUGGACGGCAACCUUUUCAACGCGCCCUCUUUUCGCGCGGGGCGGUUUUUUUUGCGAUCCGCAGAGAUUGAUUUCCUCAGACAGACUCAGAGAAAGAGAUGUCACAAUACAAAUACAAAAUGCUGUGGCGGUCAAGAAGGGGGAAUCGUUGGGUUAUUUAUCCCCGUAUUAAUCCUUGAAUGUGAUGUAAUAAAAGGCCCUGUUUCGGGGUACGGAGGCAUUGGGAGAUGUCGUUUAUCUCCGCGCUGAGCAGAUUAUCCAGCUGGGAAACAACAGCGGACUCGUUCCGUCUUCGGGCCCGAACCGCCGGUCACGCGCGUGCACCCACGUCCUAGGGAUUAUCCGUCUGCAGCUCUGAUUGGAUGUCGUGAUUUUGUUUGCCGACCCGCUGCGAGCCGCGCUCGCGUUUAACAGGCGCGACGGCGUUGGUGCUGUUUGCUUUUCACGGCGGCGUGUCCUACAGAACCACGUGUCUGCGCUGGGACGGCCCGAAAAAGGCUUUUGUUUAUGGAUGUUGUGAUAUUGAGAGGUCCGCAGCUAUUUUUAAAACCUCCAAACAUUUCAGUUUAACACUUUUUGGCCGAAAAAAAAAAACCCUGCUCCGCCGGCACGACCGGAAUUGCAUUUGUUGCCCGGCAACCAUAGCUUAUUGGACAUUUUAUCAGGAAGUAUUGAGAUCAACUGGGAGCGAGUCAGUGGUUCAGAGGCAUAAUUCGUUGUAAAUAGAUGCCUUCGGAAGAACAGUUUCAGCUCUGGCUGGGGGGUUUAAUAAAGAAUGAGAUGACUCGUGCGCCUAGAAGCUCAUAUUUUUUCAAAAAAAACAAAACCUCAUGCACAGGAGAAGAAAGCGAUCAGCACAGGCGGGUAUCUUAAUCAUUUAUACAUCAUCUGCAGCUAAGUGUGAUGUGUCUAAUCUUCCCUUCAUACUGCAUUAUCGUCUUCUGGUAUGUAACGAGGUUAGAUGUGAGUUUUUCGGGGACAUUUGGAGUCACCGUGUCAGUGUUUGUGAAAAGACGAUGGAGACAAGUGAUGGUUCGGCUCGUCUUGUAUCCUGCACUCCGACCCACGCGUCCUGCUUUGAGCACAAAUAUUUACCACAGAGACCAGAACUCAGGAACAUGAAUAAAUGUGAGGUGUGUCCACAUGGCUGCACAGGUCAAUCCUGCACUGUAUAGGAAGAUAAAUCCAAGAUGGAAGUAAAGAGUAAAUGGAGAAAACUGUUUUGGAUGUUAGUUAAAUCCAGUCCCUCUAAAAGACAAAUAUAUUACUAAAACCUUUUGUAUUUGCGGCCAUGACCCUGAAACGUGAAAGCAGAGAGAGAUACAGUUUUAAGCGAUGAACAAUUAAUGCUCCGUCGCAUGUUAUCGCUUCUGAAUAUCUGGACUCAUCCCUUUAGUUCAAAGAGGAAUUCAGCUAUUAACCCUCUUCUAUUCAUAGAAGGGAGUCAAGUCCAUCAGGCUUUUCAGAUGCUUCCCACUCUUUCUCUUGUGCUCCCUUUUUCUCUCAACAAAAAAUAUCUCACAGUAUGUUGAAAAAUACAAAACACCAAGUCUUCACUGAAGAUCUGUCCUUGAUUUACAAAAGAUUUUUCUUGUUCCUUCAUAUUAUUACUAUUGUCGCGAUCCACACAAGACAAAACUAUUGGAAUUUUGUUUUUUCUUUUAAUUGUAAAAUCUCUCACAGUCAACUAUUCAAAAGUUAUAUAAAUGCAGGAAAUAUAAAUAAAGGAAAUGGAAGAUUGGGUAUGUAUUGUCCCUGAGGACGUCCCUUUUGGAGACAUACAUCCAUGUUUGCUGGAUAGCAGUCUUAUUCACCGGUUGGGCUUAAUCAAUCAAAUGUCUUUCCAACUUUCUGUCCGUGCUGGAUCCAACACCGGGAAGACCAGGAAGUGCUCGCACCUUGGGUCCGACGCCGCGGCCUCUUGGCCCCUCUACUGCGCAUGGCGCCGAUCGAAUUGCCGGCCGCGUGAAUUAAAGCGUUGCCACGGCCGCGGCGAUCGGUUCACAAAACCCACUUGAGCGCCGCGCGAUGAAGUUUACUGUGCUUUGAGCAGUGCAGGUGGUGACUGACGUACGAGACGUGUCCACCCCCCCUCGCGCAUCACGUCUGUCGCAGCAAACAAACUUCUAUACUCAGCUAAACUCAUGCUGAUGCGCAUGUAAACCCUGUUUGUCCAUUGACCAGAACCGGUGCUUCUAAGCACGUGGGUACGUUUCCCGUGACAACAUAAAUCAUGAAAACAUAAAUGUAAAAGGGGCAAAGGGAAACUCCGCAGGGUGUCGUAUGUGGAAUGGGUUUGGAACACAGAUACUGUUUUGAUCUAAACUUCCCCUUUAAAGGAACGAUCCUUUAGAUUUCUCUGUGUGCAAUCCUUGUUUUUCACCAGGACAUAUUUUAUUAUUUGAGGGUGGCAUGACACCAUAGCUCUUUUUCAGACAUGAACGGGACAUUGGGUCCGUCCACGUAUGAAGAACGCGUGAGAGACAUUUCAGGAACGUUCAGACGAGGGGUGGGAGGAACAUCUCUGGAGCAACAUUUGCAGCCAUUAUUCGUUCUGAAUAAUCAGCUCAUCGGAGAAUUGUCAGUGCGUGCCUGCAAGCAGCUCAUUUUACUGAGGCUUCAACGUGUCCUGGUCUGUUGGGGUCUUACUGUCGAUGGAGACCGCUAUGAUGAAUGUCUCUCUCCGUUGAUCGGCGCUGGCGGUGUGAAUGGCACCUGCGGAUUAUUGAGCUCAAUCGUUGAUCCUGCGGGACUGACACCCAACACCUGACGUUGUCCGCAGAUGUUUCGGAUAAAAAAAACUCCACUGCAACCGCGCUGGUAAUAUAUCAACACAAUGCGACAUUACGUUUGGCCAAUUAAGCAGAGGAACGGGACAAAAAUAGACCACUAAAAAGCAAAAGAGGCCCAGAAACACGCAAGGUGCGUCGCCCGGAAGCUCCUCUGAGCGCUCCCCGAUGGAUUCAUCGUGUAGUUGCAGUCAUUUUCUGGAAGCUCGGACCAACUCGGCUCCUUUGCUUCUUCGCUCCUGUUGCUCUGGUGUAAUAGAUACUGUAGGGGGGGGCUGGAGAUGAGAGGGGGUGAGUCAUGAAGA